GCCAUAUUCUGUGACAGUAUUUUGAUUUGUAUCUGUUGGACGUAAGAAAAGAAAAGAGAAAAUAAGGUGGGAGUAAAGGAGGUAAAGAAGAAGAGCUGUCAAAAUAAUUCCCGUGUCUCUGAAACAGCGGGGGGCUGUAGUAACCCCCCACUCGAGUCAAAACAGAGAAGGCCUGAGUGCCGUAGAAACUUCGUUCACGAAGUCCCCCCCCCCUCCGCUCUUCUUUCAGCACCACGGCCCUGUGGAGAUUCGGUGGCUGUGUCUCGGGUGUUGAAGGUGGCCCGGGGAGCGGCGGCGGAGACGAAGAUGCUCAAGUUGUGGCUGAGGUGCUGCCACCACUGAGGCGUCCUCAGUGUGCUGAACGGAGCGAGCAGAGCAGUCCUGACCUGGCAGUACACGAAUGGCCCAGGGAAGCCACCAGAUUGACAUUCGGGUUUUGCACGACCUGCGCCAGAAGUUCCCUGAAGUUCCAGAGGGUGUUGUGUCCCAGUGUGUUCUGCAGAACGACAACAAUUUGGACGCCUGUUGUGAGUACCUGUCUCAGGUGAGCCCGGGGUACUUGUACAGCGAAGGAGGCAACCUCAGCAACACCGACGACCCCAGCUUCAUCAGGCUCCGCAAUCACAUGACCCAGCUGAACCUGGGCCUGCAGUCUCAGUUUCAAAAUGUGCAUGCGGCCCCGGGACGGGACGGCCUGAGGAUGAACGGCAGCAGGACUCUGUCCCACAGCCUGAGUGACGGGCCCCUCCAGACAGGACAGACCCCCAACAGUGACUUCUUCCAGCAGGAGCCCCAGUCAGCCCCCGUGCAGGCACCCUCCAGCCUCAAUGUGUUUGCCGUGAUGGAGCCCACGCGCAAGCCCCAGCCGCCCCAGCACCUGGGACUCUACCAGCUGGGGGGCAAAGGGCAGUCCAUGGGCCAUCAUGGCCAGCAGAUGCCCCGCUUCAACCCCAUCACCGUCACCCUGGCCCCCAACAUCCAGACGGGACGCAACACCCCCACCUCUUUGCACAUACACGGUGGGCCCCAUACACAGUCCGGACUGAGCAGUCCACAGGGUAACUCUAUCUACAUCAGACCUUAUGUGACCCAGCCCGGCGGUACGACCCGGCAAAGCCAUCAGCAGCAGGCGGGCAGGGCCCAGUACAGCCCCACCUCCCAGCCCCAGCAGCAGAUCUAUCAGAUCUCCCAUCCCACCUCACUGCCUGGCUCCCGGACAGGCCCUUCCUCCCAGCAGCACCAGCACGGCUCCUCACAUACCUCACAGCACCAGUCACAGGGCCACCAGACCUCCCAUGUCUACAUGCCCAUCAGCUCCCCUACCAACCCACAGGCCCCCUCCUCUAUCCUCCAGGCCCUCUCUGGAGGUCAGGCCUCCUCCUCUGGUGCCUCGUCCUCGGUCAUGCCCUCUGGCAUGUCCUCCUUUAGCCAGUACAACAUCCAGAACAUCUCCACCGGACCGCGCAAGAACCAGAUAGAGAUCAAACUUGAAUCUCCUCAGAGGAGCAACUCCACCACGACCACGCUGCGCACUAGCAGCAGCCCCCGCUCCAACUCCUCCACCUCCUCCUCCUGCCCGUCAUCCUCCUCCUCUGUCGGGGCAGCCCCUGGCCCCACCACUACCCCCCUGUCCAUCGGAGGCCCGGGCCUAAGCCGCAGCCAGCCCACUGUUUACAUCUCUGCCAGCCCGCCCACCGCUGCUACUACCACCCCCUCUGACGAGGCCGUCAUGGUCCCAACCGGCUCUCGCUCCCAGCCCAAGUUUUACAUUACUGCUAAUAACGAUGACGGUGGAGGCAGAAAUCCUCCAACCGUCUACAUCUCUGCUCAACCUCCUCCGCACGGGUCGCAGGGGGCCCGGAAUAUGGGGGGCCAGGUGAGCAUGGGCCCCGCCUACAUCCACCACCACCCACCCAAGUCCCGCGCGUCUAUGGGAGGGGCAGGCACGGCCACCUCGCCCAGGGUGGUGGUCACCCAGCCCAACACCAAGUACACUUUCAAAAUCACAGUGUCCCCCAACAAGCCCCCAGCAGUGUCCCCUGGCGUUGUUUCCCCUACCUUUGAGGCCACUAACCUCCUCAGCCUCCCGUCGGACCACCAUUUUGUGGAGCCGGAGCCCCAUCAUCUCUCAGACCCGCUGUCUGCACACAGGGAGAGGCCCAGCGAGCCACGCAGACUCAGCAUGGGUUCAGACGACGCUGCGUACACACAAGCCCUGUUGGUUCACCAGAAGGCCCGUAUGGACCGGCUGUGGCAUGAGCUGGAGUUAAAAAAGAGGACGCUGGAGAAGCUAAAAGAGGAGGUCAACGAGAUGGAGAACGACCUGACUAGGAGACGGCUAGAACGGUCCAACUCCCAGUCCCAAAUCCCCUCGAUUGAGGAAAUGCAGCAGUUACGAUGCAAAAACAGGAUACUGCAGAUUGACAUCGACCUUUUAACCAAAGAAAUCGAUCUUCAAACAAGAGGACCCCACUUUAAUCCCAGUGCAAUUCAUAACUUCUAUGACAACAUUGGAUUCCUAGGUCCUGUCCCACCCAAACCCAAAGGUACUUUACGUGUUGAGUCAGACCAGGAGGAAGACGAGGGGACGCAGUGGAGCUGCACGGCCUGCACCUUCCUCAACCACCCGGCCCUCAACCGCUGUGAACAGUGCGAGUUCCCACGGCACUUCUGAGCCACAAAGACGCCGACAAUACCCAACACCCCGCUCCACUUUUCAAUGAGAAUCAAAGAAACUAGAUUUGAAAGGUUUUUCUUUUGCUAGUGGUAAGAAAAUGAAUGGACAGGGUUUGUAGUUUUUUCCAUUUUGGGCCUGUUCCUCCCCCCCUCCUCCGAGGUUUGUAGAAUGCUGAAGGCUUGACUGGAUAGUGUUUACAGGUUGUGUUACUUUACUUAGCCAGCAGAGUUGGAUGAUACCUCACCUUGGAGUCUCUGCAUGCGUGGGUCACCCCCCCUGCUCAACGCUCGACGGGCCACUUUACCCCUGGGGAUGCCUCGCUGCUUCCUUAUACAGUAUUAUCGGUGUCCUGCAGUGUGAGGGCACACACACACACGCACGAAAACCAACAUGGGUGCCAACGUGCCUUUGCUGAUUUGUGAUGGCCUAAUCAGGAAUGGGAACUUUGGUCAGCUGUCACCUCACACCUGAAGGGAAAACUAACAGACUACUUGUGGACUAUUUGUUUGGUUGCUGUUUCUAUAGGAUGGCUGGGGGAAACUCACAGUGUUAUUACUGCCACCAAAACGUGCCUCUCGUUCUCCCCUGUAGUGUCCCUUAUCAAUCUCUUCAAUCUACAGUAAAAAGAACGGAAAAUAAAUUGCAUGCUUUUUGUGUACAGUACAUAGAGGGAGGAAAUACCCUUGAGCUUUUUACUGUACAUAAUUUUAGAAUGUGCCUUAAAAUGCCUUCUUCCUCACUCUAUGAAACACAUGUAUUUCCUGUAAGUAUAGCUUUAUAGACUUUAUUAACUUUGUUUUGUUUCCAUUCUUUCAAACCAAUAAGCACAGUGUCCCUUUUAAGCUCUUUACUUGAUUUCUGUGAGAAUUUAAGUAUCGUGUAAAAAAGGGGAGCAGUUGUAAGAAAACUCUGCAGUCCUGAAGCUUUGUUCACUCAGUCUGUUGUUCAUCGCUUGUGUAAAUGCAGAAUUUCCUGUGUACGAUCUGCAGAUGCAGCAAAAUCGAAAGAUGGACGAGUUUUCUAGGAUGCCAGAGCUCUUGGACUGGUGAAAAAAGCUCAGAAGCAGAAUGACAUCUUAUCUGACAACUGGAAUGUAGGUUUAAUAUUUGGGGACUUUUACACCUCAGCGUCACGAGACCCAUGAAUUUUUAGUUCAUCCUAAAACUUGCAUCAAAAUAGAAGCUUUCAAAUCGGAUGGAAGAAAAGACUUUGGUAAUUGUAUUAAGGUGUUGUCUAUGUACAGCUUGGUGGAAGGCAACUGUUUCCUGAGGGCUUUCAGAAUCAGAGUAUUUUGCUAUGCAGUUUAAAUAGGGUUUUCUAGUGUUCCAAAGAUCAGAAUGAAUAUGUUUUAAAGUAUUCCUGUUUCAAAUCAGCAGAUAUUUAUAUAGGUAUGUGCCUUACCAUAUCUCCUCCUGGCCAGAAGUUUAGAAUAUAUCCUCCAAAAAAAGACGACAAGGACAGUGCCAUCUUUACAUUUCUAGUAAAGUGUGACAAAAUGGUGACUGUCCUCUUUGUAUCUUGUUUUUAUUUGGUUUAAUUUGUCCUGUGAAGCUUUUGUUUGAUGAGGAUGGUUUAAAAGUUUACCAUUGUAAUGAUUUUACCUUAAUUGUGGAAUAGUUUAUUAUUCUUUGUGAAGUUUUUUUUACAUGUUGCCUUACAUUAAUGCCUUAGAUUGGCAUUUGUAUUGAUUAUCUAUGCAGUCACAAAUCAAGUUUCUUUUUUUUUUUUUUUACCAAAGCUUAGUAUAUUGUUAAAACGAUUAGGUAGAAGCUAAAUUCUUUGUUGUCUCUGUUAAGCACUUAUGUCAUAUUUUUUUCCCUCUAAAACCCCCCAAAGAAACCCAGUUUUCAGCUUUAUCUGCAAAGCUCGGUGUGAAGAGUCAGUUCAUACUUGUUUUAUUAAUAAAAUAAAAUAAUUUGGAUA